GGUGGCGUUAUCCUUCGCGUCCAUUUCCCCAAGGUCACAGACAGGGCAUUGGAGUAGGUUUGCGGUUGGGAGCAAGGGCCGUAUUUUGUUCGUGUGCUUAUUCGAGGAUCCUAAUUCAACCUGCAACCAUGAAAAUAUCUGUAUUUCUCCCAACAGUUACACUACUGUUGAUGUUCCUGAUUGAGGAAGGAUUGGGUCUUAAAUGCCAUGUAUGCAAUUCCUUCUUAACGCCAAGCUGUGGCGGGACACUGACUAUGGAAUCAGACACCUUAGUCACCUGUACCAAUGGAACUGCGUGUCGUAAGAUUGAACAAGAAGUGUACUACAGCGAGCAAUAUGAUACCCGUAUCAUCCGUCAAUGCGGCCAUGAGGAGGACCCACCCUUGACCUGUAUCUCUCGUACUGGAACCUAUCGCUACAAAGUGCAAUACUGUCACUGCAAUGAGGAUGGGUGCAACAGCGCAGUUACUUCGGCCAUCUCUGUGACCCUGUUGUCUCUUGCUCUUGGACUCACACAUUUUGCUAGGAAGCAUUUAUGAGUGACAGACAUUAAACAGGUUUCUUUCUUCCUGAAUUACCAAACUCUCUUCAAUAUGUGAACAGAAGUCUUUUUCUAUGCACUUUGUUUCACAAUGGCUUCAGAUUGGCAUUAGAAAUAUAUUCCAGUGACAUUUGGAUUUGUUAAGUUUAAGGUCCAUUGAUGUAUUAGGCAAAACCACCAACUUAGCACAUGGGCCACGAAAAAAAACCACUGGUUCUAAAUUUCAAUGUUAAUCAAAAUUAUAGGUUUGUUAGACUCAGUUUCUUCAUAAAAUUCAGUGUUGGCCCUUUGAAGACCAUAUGUUAUUAAGUUCUGAUUGGUCCUGAAAAAGUGGCAUUAUUCUGAAUUGCCUUCGGUGUCAUUUAUGGAUGAAUCAAACAUACUUCAUACUUUUUUGACACAGUUUAACCGUUAUAUUGAACUCAUUCUUUAGAAAAUCACAUUAAAGAAUUGUCGUUCUUUUGAGCAAUUAAGUCCAUCCACCAUUAUGAUUUUGAUAUCAUCCUAGAUUGUUUCUAAACUGUUGACGUAUUUCAGUUGCAAGAUAUUGCCCUCAUGGGUGGUUUGAGGAUUUUUACAUAACAGUAUAGAAACAAGAUAGGCUGCAUGUGACCCGAGAAUUGUAUGCUAGGAAAUGAAGUUUAAUGUUACUUUGAAUAUUCAGUGAAUGCAUAUAUAAUUGCAUUGUAAUUUCCAUUGUUUGUGUGAAUGAAAUGGGCAUUGCCUGGAUGUGAUGUCUUGUGUAUGUUUCACAUUCCCGGAGAGGAAAUACCGACCAGAUUAUGGACUAAGGCAUUGUCUGUCAAAAUGAAUCUAAACAUUCAAAAACAAUUUCUUGAAAUCUAUAUCUCUGUUUGAUUCUAUAGAUAAAAUUAAUGUAAAUCAAGAUGUAAAAAAUGCUGACUGUCAAAUAUAUUGUUUGAAGUAAAGAUCUCCCAUUACAUGAAUAAGCAUUUCGUUCUUAAUACUCAAACUUUUCAUCAGCACAAUAGUAUACUGGAACAUUACUACAACAUUAUCACAGUGUCUUGAAUUAUGGAAAGGAUGAGAUUUUAUUUUCUUCAUAUCAUGUAAAUAUUUGUCUAUUGUUAGAACGUUUGCUAGGGUAUCGACAGUGAUUGUAAUCCAGAAGUAUGUGAUCAAUGCUUGAAGAUUAUCAUUUAACCAAGAUGUUUUUGCACUGUGAUUUGAAAGAAUUUACAUGUAUUUUACCAUUUGUCACAAUCAGACUUCUCACAGAACCACCUGUAUGAUUCCUAAUAAGUACCAAGCAUUUAAUUAUGGUGUGUAUCAGUGUAUAGGUAUGUGAAAAUGCUCAUGUUGUUCGUACACCACUGUUCAUAUUACGAUUUAUUCCUAAGAAAGAUGUUUAUACUUUUCAGUUAUUUAAUACACUUUGGAAUGAAUAGUGUCAGACCUAGCAUGUUAUCAUCAGAGCAUGCUAACAUUGGCUUUAAAAGACUGUUUUGUACAAGGAUUUAAGGGCGGUUCCUAUGUAAUAUAUUGUUACUUUUCUUAAAGAGUUUAUGUAGUUUAUUUUCAUGUUGAAGAUUUUAUUCGCUAUCCUAAAUAUUACAUAUUGUCGCUUCUUCUUUUGAAAAAAAUAGUGCCAUUUGUAGCAAUAUAUAUUUGAAAUAGACAGUUUUGUAUGGAAGUUAAUUUUCAAAAUGUAUAGUGUGAGUAGACACCUACUGGAAAAGAAACAUAUAUCCCUGAAACUAAUUGUAGCAUUUGGAAGGCCAGUUUUAACUGAGACAUGAAUGUUUUUCCUCACCAGCUUCUGAGGAGCUCCUCAUCACGCUAUUUACUUCACCAUGUUGUAGGGUUACCACCAGCUCAUUCUCUACCACACAUUGCAUGUUUUAGGGAGGUCAAAUUUGACAUGAAAUUAAUAGACUGACAAGUAAUAAUAAUGGGUUUUGUGGACAUGUAUAAACUCCUGUCAGUAGUUUCAGGUAGUUUCAGGUCAAUUUUGACAAUUUGAAAAUUUGGAGGACAAUCAAUCUUGUGUAACAAUUGGAAUAUGGUCAUAAUAUUGUAUGAUAUUGUAUAUAGAUAUUCCUGAGCUUAUGUAGGGGUAUGUAUUCAGAGCUUUAGUCUGUUAUUCAUGUAAAUUUGAAAUCUUUAUUGUUUUAUCAGACGGUUUUAAUUUUACUGGCUUAUUGUAAUUGGUUUUAGCCUGUGAUCAUCUGGUAUGGAAUGAGCUGGUAUAGUUCAAUAGAAUACAAGAAGGCCUUCUAUUGAGGCAGGUAUGAACUUGUGUUCUGAGUGAAUGUUCAUGUAAUUUUUUUCAAAUAAACAGAUGAUAGUGAUGA